GAGCCCAUGUAAAAUGAUAGAUCCCUUGCGUAUCAGCAUGAUCGGCCAGCAACCUGGAACUUGGCGUCAAUGACGUUAGCAAGCACCAGAAUCUCGACUCGCCGCCCUCACUAUACUCUCGGAAAAGUGGCCGCUCUGUCCAUGAGUUCACAAAAGCAAAAUACGCGACCUCAGGAUCUAGCCGUCCCCCUCCAGGGGACCGUUCCGAGAUUUCACAAGUGAUCAGUGUCAGGAAACUUUUGCUGACCGUGCAAGUUCAACACGAGUCGUACACAAAAACUCGGGAGAGGGAGACGCUUCCACGGGAAGGAGAAGCUAGUGGGUACGUGUAUGGUCUAGCACAAGAGUUGCAGAAGCUUGAGAAUGGUGCAGGUGAUCCUCCGCGGACAGGCUGGAUAGACUUCGGGAUGUUCUGCUCAGGGCCGCCCCAGCCGCGGAGCAUCGUGAAGACACAAACCCUGUUGCUCUGGUACACGCGUGCACAUACGCUCUGGAACCGGCCUCUGUGCCCUCGGCUGGACCAUUGGGACGCCGUGACGAGUUUCGCGGUGGACGCGUAGCCAGCUGCAGACGACUUCUCGUUUGGGCAGUCUCGAUUUCCUCGGCAAUGGUCUUGGAUAAAUCGCUUCGGGCUAUGUCCCGCUCAGGGGACAUGUCAAUCGCUGUAGUGGAUCCUCUCCUCGUUCACGAUGACGCGAGCUGCAUCUGGGAUCUUGGUACAUGUCCGACUGAUAUCGCCACUCUUCCGGCCUGUAUCCGGAGCGCAUCGGUUCGCCCUGUCAGCUGGACAUUACGCAGGAUCUCUAGUCGAUUAAGCGUUCCGCACGAUCCCCAUUCUGUCAACCCUUGAGCCGCCGAACGACCACGGGCGAGUAUUACAUAUGGCAUACCCGUCGCACGAGGCCAGGAGCACCAGGAACAGAAACUCCGUCAUUUCGGAAUGCGAUUGGACAGCUGGUAGCGCGAGUGACUUCAGUGCCCUCGGGCACGAGAGACCAGCAGAAUGAACCAUCGUAAUCCAUCGGGCGCU